GGCGCGACGCUCCUUUGCCAGCCUCAAGGGCAAGGCCGAGGAGGCGUGCGAGGUAGGGACCGUCAGGGCCGACGGCUCGGUGGAGGUCUUCUUGGAGUACCUCGGGAAGCGCUUUCCCGAUAUCGAAGUAUUGGAGUUACCGGCGCUCCUGGAGACGUUCGUGAAGCCGGCAUGCAUCCGGCACAAGUUUGAGGAGAUCCGCGAUUUCAGCGAUCGCUGCAACAGCAUGGCGACGAAACUGAGAGCUAAGGACAUACAGGUGCCCGACGAGGUCAUGGCCGACCUGUGCAUCAAGGGCGCCCGCUUGCCACUGGAGCGCAAGGCGAGCGUGCUUAACGGCGUGGGCAACGCGUUCAAUCCGACGAAGAUCCAGGAGCAGCUCAUGAUCAAUUUAACCAAAGUAUCGGUCGUGGACGGCAGCAAAGAGCACCGCCACGACCAAGGCGGCUACGGAGGUCACAAGAAGGACCACAAGAAGGUGUGCGCCACGGAGGCCUAUGACGAGGCCGAGAACGACGGCGCGUCCACCGACAGCUCCGAGGGCUACGACGACGACUUGCCGGACGAGCUGCAGGACGUGAUAGACGAGGCGGAGGAGCAGGUGGCUUUCUUCACCAAGAAAUUGGUGCGCGCCAAAGACACGCUGAAGGGGGUCGAGCAGUCGCGCGGCUACUUCGCCAAGCGAGACGGCGGACAUCCGCCGAAGAAGGGCGAUUCCAAGGUCGCCAAGAUGAAGGCGAGGACGCACUGUGGAGCGUGUGGCCAGGAGGGCUACUGGCGCGGCGACCCGCAGUGCUCCAAGAAGAAUGUGACGGCAGCCUCGUUCUACAUCAACAAGGACAACCAGUGCCACGUGGCCGCGACGGGUUCGGCGCUCAUCUACAUCAGCGUCGAAGACCUACUCAAGGAGUCGGGCGGCAGGCUGACCUUCGACGCUGCCUGCUCGCGGUGCGUCGGCGGCCUGGACUGGUGCAACGACAUCAACGAGAAGCUGGCGGCCUUCAACGUCCAGCCGAUCGAGUGCCCAGAGGAGCUGUUCCGCUUCGGAGCGUCCAAGGUGGUGUGCAGCCUCAAGGCCGCGCUGAUUCCCUGCUCGGUGAAUGGCAAGGCCUUCGCCGUGCGCAUGAGCAUCGUGCGCAGCGCCGUGCCUGGACUGUUCAGCCGCCAGGCCCAGAGCGAGCUGGGCGUUGUCUACCGCGCAGGGGGCAACGAGCUUGGCAUCAAAUCCGUCAACGAGCACGGCGCCCAGAUGGGCUUGAGCCGCGCUGGACACCCGACGCUCGAGAUCACAGGCUUCGCGCCGAGCUACAAGCCAGUGUCGGACGUCUCGGACGCCAAGACCGAGAUCCGGCUGCAUCGUUUUUCGACUUGCCACGCUGAGACAGCCGUGGCCAGCGCCGCCAAGCCGGUAGCGCCCGAGCGCUGUGGCCAACGGGUCGCCUCGGAGGCCGACGAGCCUCAGUCGGAGACUGACUGUGACGAGCUCGACGGCGCUGAACUGUUCGAGCAGCAGGUGCGCCAGCGGCCGGAGUUCACGCCCCCGUCGCAGCGGAAAUGCGUGACAUCUCCCAGGGCGACGAUCCCGGAGGCCAGCUGCUCGAACGCGCCGACGCCGAGUUUUUCCCGCCUGCCAGCGAUCUACAUCAUGCGGAUGGGGGGCCUACAGGCGGAGGUGGCAAGCUACGAGUUGGAUGUGCGCGACGCGACGCGCGACCAGCUCCGCGUCAUCCUGCGCGCGAACGACAAGAUGCGCUUCGGCAAGUACCCAACCGCGGAUUACCGCUGGGUGCUUAAGGACGACUUGGGUUACGCGCGUUGGGCGGUGCUGGGGCUGGGCGCCGGCCGAGCGAGCCCGCUCCUGGCGCGCUUCGGCAGGCGGGUCCAGGCUCGCGGGGUGAGGCCGCUCGAGCCAGAAGAGCUCGAGACUGCCAUCGAGGCGGUGAUGGCCGAGGAGGUGGUCCUGGGCGACGAGUCGGUGACGCCGGUGGCGACGAUCCAGCGGGCCUCAGCUUGUCAAGGCAGUUGGGCGGGUCACCGCCGCCCGAGGCCGGUCGAGGAGCGCGAGAUGGACACCGGCGACCACGGCUUCCAGAAGGCGGGCGAGACCGACCAGGAGAUGGAUGUGGCGUCUCCGCACGACAAGGUCACGGGCUUGCUGAGCGCCUUUGCGUUUCAGGCCGUGCUCGCGGCGGACUGGCUGUCCCAACCUCUCAAGCCGUUUGCUCAGUAUGCGACGAGCGCCGCGCAGGGCGUGGCGGACCACAUGAGGAACGUCAAGGAGAUCUGCACCGUCCGGAGCCACGGCGUGGACGUCAUGCAGGUGUUCAACUGUAAGUGCGGCUGGGGCCUCCGCAAGCAGAAGGACCUCGAGAUGACGUACGAGCGGUGCUACGCAUCGAGGCCUAAGUUCGCGUCGAUCGAGCUACCCUGCACCUACUGCGCGAACGUUGCGCACCUCAACUUCCACGCGCCGCAGGGCAAGCAGGCACUGCGGCGACUGUGGCGCGCGGAGCGGCCAUUCCUUUUCCUGGCCCGCGGCCUCUUCAGGUCUCAGCUCGAUUCAGGCGGCGCCGCCAUGAUCGAGAGCCCGGCCACCAGCCGGAUCUGGACACAGCGCAUCAUGAUGGAGCUACUUGCCGACGAGCGCGUGUACCAGGUGAGGCUGCUCGUCACCCGCAAGGAGUUCGAGCGGCUACGCUGUGCCUGCAGCCGCACACGCCACGACCAGACGUUCGGGGACAACGUGGCGGUGCGGAAGUCUGGCGUCUAUCCAGCCAAGUUCUGCCGAGCGGAGGCGCGCGUCGUCGAGCAGAUCAUUCGCCGGCAGGGUGGGCCUCGCGCCUGCCAGGUGGACUGCGGCGCUUCCUCGUCGGCCUUCAUCGCGACGGAGUUGAAGGGGCAGGCCGCCGUCUGCGUGAACGACGCCGCGCCCCUGGGAGAGACGGGCGAGCCUAUUGGGGACCCAGACACCAUGGGCGGCGGAGACGACUUCGCCGACGCUCGCGACGUGGAGGCCGACGAGACUGUGGACGGCAGGAUCGGGGUCGGCGCGGUCACUUUCACCAAGAAAGCAGCAGCCUGCUGCAAGCCGGCCGAGUUGGCCAUGCUCAAGAGACUCCACGUCAAUUGGGGCCAUCCGUCUGAUGGAGACUUGGGCCACAGUCUGCGACUCAAGGGCGCUCAGUCGGCCGUCGUGCAGGCCGUCAAGGGGCUGAUCUGCGGAGUGUGCCGCUCAUUUCGGCGACGACGUGGGUUCGAUUGCUUCGAGCUCGGGGGCGUCGACGGCAAGAGCUACUGGUACUUCAGUAUCGUCGACUCGGCCGCUACCUUCCACGUCGCGACGCUGAUCGGUCGCCACACCAGCCAGGAGUUCGCUAUGGCCUUCGAGAGGUGCUGGGCCUCCUGGGCCGGCGUCCCGGACAGAGUCCAUUUAAACAUGGAGAGGGAGUUCGGUGGCGUUCUCAGCGAGCUGUUCCAGUCUUUCGACACGGUGCAGCUACCUAUCGCGGGACAGGCCCACUGGCAGCUCGGUCGAGUGGAACGUCAGGGACCCUGGUGGAGGGAGCUCGCUGCAAGGACGAUCGAGCACUCGUCGAUCAGGGGCGAGCGCGAGAUGCGGACGCUAGGCAUCAUGGUGUCUGGCGCCAAGAACUCGCUGAGGAGGCGGGCUGGCUUCAGCCCCGCACAGUGGGUGCUGGGGCGCGAUCCCAAGAUGCCCGCCGACCUGAUGGACGACGCGGCCAACUACAGUGCCCACAGUCUCGCCACCAAUGACGAGAGGAGUCGUCGCCGAUCUGCUGUUCGGACGGCGGCGCGCGAGUCGUUCAUGCGGAUGCAGAACGACGACCAGCUCAGACGAGCUAUGCUGGCUCCCGCGCGCACCGUGGCCACGCCUUUGUCAGUGGGCGAGAUGUGCUACAUUUUCCGCCAAGUCAAGAAGAAAGAGCAGAAGGAGCAGCACAACCGCAACGCCAAGAAGGGCAUCUGGCGGGGGCCGUGCGUGGUCAUCGGUCACCAGGGCAACAACGCCUGGGUCUCGCUGUGGGGGCGCGCCAUGCUGGUGGCCCCGGAGCACAUCAAGGCGGUCGCUCCGGACAACGUCUGGUUCCCGAACGGUCGGGGCGAGAUCGGCCAGGCCGUGGCCGAGCUCAACGGGGCUCGCGACUCACUCGAGCAGGAGGAGGUCCCGGUGGAGGACAUCCGCCCCGAGCCGGGCCAGCCCCAGGUCCAGCCAGACGAGAUGGAGCAGGCGUGGCGGGAGUUCAUCGACAGCCCAGACGACGACGACAUGAGGCUGAACUUUCCUGAGGACCCGAACUCCCAGCAGCAGAUCGAGGUGCUGCCCGCCGACCGAGCCGACAUGCCUCAGUCAGCCUCGGAGGAGCAGCCCUGCGGUCCCGUCGGGUUCCGACGACGGCGAGCGACCUUCGACGGGGCGGACAGCGGCGACUUCGGCCCGGCCUUCAAGCGCCUGCAGACCGCCAAGGAGCACGUGGGCUCCGGAGGACCGCCCCCGAGGUCGGCUCCUAUAGAAGCGAUGCAGACCUCCAUCGCCACCGAGAGCAUCAAGCGCAAGCAAGCCGACAGGGAGAUCCACUGGAGGGCCAUCAAGGACUCCGACAGGGAGCUCUACCGAGAGGCGGCGGCCAAGCAGUGGAGCGAGUGGCAGAAGUACGGAUCCUGUCAGGUGCUCACCAUCGAGGAGUCCGAGGCGGUCAGGGGCAGGGUCAAGGCCAACCUCGUCUUGCCCAGCCGGUUUGUGUACCGGGAUAAGAAAGCGCCGCGUCGGACUGACAAGCACCCGCUGCCGGUCAAGGCCAAGGCCCGACUCUGCGUCGGGGGUAACAUGGACCCGCGUCUCGCUCAGGGCGACCUGUGCACGGACGCGCCUACGGUCGCCCGCAACUCGACUAUGCUGUUCUUCACCGUCUGCCAGAGGUUCGACCUGGAGAUUUACGCAGCGGACGUGGAGGCGGCUUUCAUGCAAGGCGACGAGCAGCCCGACCAGCAGUUGUACAUGGCUCAGCCCCGCGAGGGCUUCCCUGGGUUGCACCCGAAGCAGUUGAGCAAGAUCCUCAAGGGAGUCUUCGGGCUAGCCACCGCACCGCGACAGUCGAGGGCUAAGCUCAAUCGGGCCUUGCUUACGGUGGAGGAGAAGCUGGGUGACUACGUGUUCCGACUUCGCCAGCAUUCGCUGGAUCCAGCGCUGUACUACGGCUGCGACAAGCAUGGGGAGCUGUGCGCGGUGGUGGUCGCCCGCGUGGACGACCUGCUGCUGGGCGUCUCGCCCAAGUGCCCGACCCUGUACGACCGGCUCGACAAGCUCCUGCCGUGGGGCGACUGGAGGGACCUGUCAGCUGGAGUGACCAUGGGACAGCGCACCCAGAACAAGCCCACCAUCCAGGACCUGCUCGAGACGAAUCGGCUCAUCAAGCUGGCGCAGAAGCACGCGGGCGUGGGACUGGAAUUCCCGGAGCUACGUGGACCACUUUGCCUGGUCACUUACCGCGACGCCAGCUGGGCCAAUGCUGACGAGCCACCUGAAGGUGUCAUAGCUACGCUACUCACCAAGGUAGUGGGCAGCAAGGACAAUGAUAUCAAAAUCCGCUCGCAGGCCGGCUACGCGACGUUCAUCGCCGAGGCCAAGCUGUUGUGCGGCGACGAGGCGCGAGCGGGAAUGGUUGAUUGGCGAUCAGGCAGCAUCGAGAGGGUUUGCAGAUCUACUUUGGCAGCUGAGACGAUGUCAGCAGUGGGCGCAUUCGGCUGUGCUCAGAUCACACGCUGGUCUUUCGCUUCGCUUGGGAUUCCAGAUCUGGAAGAUAUUCCCCCGAGUUUGCUGCCGCUUGCUCAGGUCACAGAUUGCGCUAGCCUGUGCGAUACGAUGCACAAAGACGGUUACUCCAAGCUCCCGUCAGAGUGCUGCCUUUUGUUAGACCUAGUAGGCCUCAAGGAGUCACUAGAAGAGGAAAUAAGUUACGAAUUCGUUGCCGACGAUCAGCGUAGCCAGCUGCCUCUCUUUUGGUUUCCGACCGACCAGCAGCUCGGAUAUCAGCUCACCAAGCGAUCCGACGGCAGUGCCAUCAGGGCAGUGCUGCGAGUUACGCGCCUCGCAUUGCAGCAUCAAGAGCCAACCGACCAGGCCCGAGAGCACGAGGCACAUAUGAACAGUGCCGGCUCGCUCUUCAAGCGCGCCAUCCGCUUG